CCGGAUGUGACGAGGGCCGACUUCCGCCUCGGAGGCCUGAGAGACGACAGGACCUCCGUGAGUGGGAGCACGGAUCUCGGUCGGGAGAGGCCAGGCGUGCAGGGGCUCCAAGAACUCAGAGUCCAGGCCUCUGUCUGAGGCAGGAGUCUCUAAGGUCAGAGACCAGGGGAGGUGCAGGUUCAGCCCGACACAAACGCCAUGCCCCUGGGUCAGAGGAGUGAGCUCUGGAAGCUGGAGGAAGACCCAGGCCCGGCCCAGGGCCUGGUGGAGGCACACCUGUCCGGGGCUGGGGAGGAGGAGGCCCCACAGGCCCCCUCCUCCUCUUCCUCCUCCUCCUCCUCCCCUUCCUCCUCCUGCUCUGUCCUGUUCCUGAUUCCCCUGGGGGAGGGGUCUGCUACUGGGUCCCUGAGUCCUCCCCAGAGCCCUCAGAGUGCCUGCCCCUCCCCCACUGCCCAGGCAGCCAGGGCCUGGAGCCAGCCUGACCAGGGCUCCAGCAGCCUAGAUGAGGAGGGGUCGAGCACCUGGGAGGAGCCCGAAGUCACCCAACCCUCUCUCCAGGACAAACUCCACGUGAAAGUGGCUGCCCUGGUGGGGUUCCUGCUCCUCAAAUACCGCAACAAGCAGCCAACCCGCCAGGCAGAGAUGCUGGAGAUCGUCAGCAAAGAUUACCAGGACGACUUCCCGGUGAUCUUGGGCCAAGCCUCUGAGUACAUGCGGCUGGUCUUUGGCAUGGACAUAAAGGAAGUGGACCCCAGCGACCACUCCUACGUCCUGGUCAACGUCCUGGGUCUCACCUGUGAUGGGAUGCUGAGCGGUAAGCAUGGCAUGCCCAAGACCAGCCUCCUGGGGCUGCUACUGGGGGUGAUCCUCGUGGAGGAUGACUGUGCCCCUGAGGGGGAGGUGUGGGAAGUGCUGGGGGUCAUGGGGGUGUAUGCUGGCAAAGAGCACAUCAUCUAUGGGGAGCCCAGGGAGCUCCUCACCAAAGUCUGGGUGCAGGAAGGGUACCUGGAGUACCGGCAGGUGCCUGGCAGCGACCCUGCCCGCUACGAGUUCCUGUGGGGUCCCAGGGCCCACGCCGAAACCAGCAAGUUUCAAGUGCUGGAGUAUUUGCUCCGGGUCAGACGCGGGCAGCUGGCUUCCUCCCUGGCCCUGUCUGAAGGGGCUGUGAGCGAUGAGGAAGAGGGGGCCUGAGUCCCAGUGGCGGCCAGGCCCUUUCCAGGCUUUGGUGGGGUCGGCAGCUUCUCCUGCGGGGUGCUGGGCAUGAAGUGAGGCCACAUUUUGGUUGUUCCCUGUGUGUGUGUGAAGAGAGAGCCCCGGGAGCUCUAAGUAGGGCCGGGCCAGGGAGGAUUGAGGGAAGAAAGCAGGAUGAAGAGCCAGCCUCUCUGGGGGCCUGUUCUCUGCGGUGACUCUGACAUCCAGAGCUUGGUUUUCUCGAGGAAGCUCUCAAAUGUUGUUCCUUGGAGUAGAAGUUUUAACCAGCUUUGGCGGGUACAUGUGUGCGUGACUCCAUCCCACAGCAUUUGUACUUACCCAGUUCAAGAGUUUUAAGAGUUUUGUCAUGUUCUGGAAAUAAGGUGGGACAUCUUCCCUCCUUGUUUGGGUUCUGGAAUGAAAUCACAGGGCAUUGGCAUAGGAAUUUGUUGGAAAGGUGGAAGAAUGGAGCAGUCAAGUGACGGGGUCAG